AUGGAAGAGGUAGGAUAUGAUAUAAGCCCAUUUUUGAAUAUCAAUGACCUCAUUGAGCAUUCUGAAGAGAAGAAACGAGUGGUUUUGUAUAUUAUCAGAGGAGUGGAUGAGAAAUAUCCUUUUGAACCAAGGACCAAAAAGGAAGUCAGUGAAAUUGCUUGGCAUCCACUCCAAAUCAUGGGAAAAAAACGUAACAAGUAUUUUAUGGUUGGCCCAUUUCUACACAAAUUGGAAAAGUGGAUUAAAAGAAAUCGCAUGAUCUUAUCUACAACACCACUGAAUGAAAUUGGCGAGAUAUGCACUAUUUGGAAAGCUGAUAAAGAACAAAUGAAUUCGACUCCAAGGAGGUUUUCUGUAACACCCAAUGUUAAAAUUAAUACUCCUAACCCUUUUCAAAUGGGUCCUUCAACUCCAUGUAGAGAGCUUCAAAAUAGUACCCCUAAUUCUGCUCAAAAGCGUGCUUCCACUCCUAGUUGGAAUAAAAGUAAUCUCAAUAAUUAUAGUCAAAGGCGUUCUUCCAGUCAUUGUUGGGAUUCUCAAACUAGUUCUCCUUGUUCAAAUAGUUCUAAAUAUCAUUAUCCUAAAACAGAAUCAAUUACUUCUCCUUAUCCACCUAGAUCUUCUCCUUGUCCACCAAGAUCAAUUACUUCUCCUUAUCCACCUAGAUCAAUUACUUCUCCUUAUCCACCUAGAUCUUCUCCUUGUCCACCUAGAUCUCCUGAUUCAAGUACUUAUUCAAGUUCUUCUCCUUAUCCUAAAUAUCGUAUUCCUCAUCAUAGAAAAAUGGAGCUUCAGAUGCAUCUUCGUGGUUAA